CAUGAACAAAUAUAAACGACAGAAACUAAAGGAUUCAGUGAAAUCAAAACACCCGCCUCGUGUUACAUAGGCCUCACGAGUCGUUAAAAUGGCAAACACUGGUGUUGGUCGAGACGCUUUGAAGAUUGUGUUCCCAAGCUUACAACGCACGCCCGAGAACCCUCAGCCAAUUGUCGUCAUGACCUGUGGAAUAUCAGGCUCGGGUAAGUCGACACUCGCCAAAGCGAUUGAAGCGCAACUAGCCUUUACGCGCCUGUCCGUCGACGCCAUGAUUCACGAGGCACAUGGGCUCUAUGGAAUAGACUACGCGCCAUCCAAGUACGCAGAAUACCAAGACGAAGCCCAAGCCAAACUCAAGGACGAGCUUCGCCGCCUCCUCCGCGCCGAGAACCGCGACGUUGUUCUCGACUUGGCCUUUUGGAACAAAGAAUAUCGCGACGAGUUCAAGGCAUUGAUCGAGGAGAAUGGAGGGCGCUGGGUCUUGGUGUUUCUGCAAGCUGAGCGAGAGCUACUCUGGAGGCGCAUCACCGAGAGAAGGGCGAGGCGCGAUGCCCUAGACGAAACCGACGAGAGGCGGGAUGGGGACUCGGCGUUCAAUGUGGAUGAGGCCACCUUUGACAUGUAUUGCAACGGCUUCGAGAGGCCAGAAGGCGAGGGGGAGAUUGUCAUUAAUUGCUCUUGAGCCAUACAUAGUGUGAAUGAAUGCAG